AGCCUAGUCUUGAGCAUGCGAGGCAACGACCGUCACCGAAUAAAGGAAUCAAGGGGAACAUGGAAAAAUCGGCAACUUAUGUUUUACAAAUGCACUUUAUAUUUAUUCAUCUUUAGUCUGGAACUGAAGAGGAGCGUUUCGGCGCCGCUGGACUCUGAUGAUUUUGCUUUCUUCCAUGAGGGCGCCCAGGGGUGCCUGGGGGUGCGGGAUCACUCCCUCAUCCUGUCAGCAUCCUGUAAGGAAGACAACCAGCGCUGGAAGUGGGUGACCCGGGGACGCCUGUUCAACCUGGGCUCCUCGCUUUGCCUCUUCGUGACCACCGGCAACCUCACCUCUAAGUCUCCUCUGCGUGUGUACACCUGUGACCCCGAGCCCCCCAGAGUACGUUGGACCUGGAACUGUGGCCAGGUGCUGGAGAACCUCAACAACUACCUUCCCUCCCCCUCAAUUUGGAACUCCUCCUCAACGCCCCCCCCUUCCAAGCUCAAAUGGACUCUGCAUGGUGGCGUGCAGGACCUGUGUUCUAAAGUGCAUCGCGAGAUCUACACAAUCCAGGGGAACUCUCGUGGCCGUCCGUGCUACCUGCCCUUCCUCUAUGACGGCCAAUGGUUCCACAGCUGCACUAGCAUCGGACGUGAGGAUGGUCACCUUUGGUGUGCCACCACCUAUGACUAUGGCAAGGACGAGCGUUGGGGGUUUUGUCCUGUCAAAAGCAAGGGCUGUGAGACAUUCUGGGAUACUGACCCACUGACAGACAGCUGUUACCAGUUUAACUUCCAGGCUACGCUGUCAUGGAGUGAGGCUCGGAUGAGUUGCCAGCAGCAGGGGGCAGACCUGCUUAGCAUCACCAAGCUGCAUGAGCAGACCUACAUCAAUGGUUUACUGACUGGCUACAGUGCUGCUUUGUGGAUUGGCCUCAAUGACCUGGACAUCAAUGGAGGCUGGCAGUGGGCCGACUCCUCACCGCUUAAAUAUCUCAACUGGGAGCAAGACCAGCCAAACCACGCUGAGGAGGAGAACUGCGGUGUGAUCAGAACUGAGUCAUCAGGUCGUUGGCAAAACCGCGAUUGUUCUGUUGCUCUGCCAUAUGUCUGUAAGAAGAGGCCCAAUGCCACCAUGGACCCCUUCACUACUGAUUCGUGGGCAGACGAUAAGAAAUAUGAGUGUGAUGUGGGCUGGCAGGCCUUCCAGGCUGGCUGCUACAAGGUGACUUCAGACAAGACUGACUGGGAUACAGCUCAGAAAACCUGUCAGAAGAUGGAAGCCAACCUGGUCAGCAUCCACACCCUACCUGAGCUGGAGUUCAUCAUGCUCAACUUGAAGAAAGACGUUGACCAAAUGUGGAUUGGGCUCCAUGACACUGACAUGCAAAUGGACUUCCAAUGGACCGACCACACGCCCGUCAUCUUCACUUACUGGCACCCCUUUGAACCCAAUAACUUCCGCAACACCCAAGAAGAUUGCGUCUCCAUCUGGGGGCCUGAGGGCCGCUGGGAUGACAGCCCUUGUAAUAUGAUCCUGCCUUCCAUCUGUAAGAAACCAGGAACAAAGACUGAUGGAAAGCCACAGCACCAAGACUGCAAACAAGGCUGGAAAUGGCACAGUCCAGCGUGUUACUGGGUGGGAGAAGAUCAGCUCACAUUUGAUGAGGCCAGGAAAUCCUGCGAGGACCAUGGAGCCACCCUUGUUACCAUUACCAAUAGGUUUGAGCAGGCCUUCGCCAACAGCCUGUUGUACGGUCGCUCCGGAGACUCCUUCUGGAUCGGGCUCCAUGACCAGAGCAGCCCCGGCUCUUUCCAAUGGCUCAGCGGGGAUGGAGUGUCCUACACCAACUGGAACCGAGACCAGCCAGCCAGCGUCCGCGGCGGCUGUGUUUCCAUGGCGUCAGGCUUCGCAACAGGUCUGUGGGAGGUGAAGGAGUGUGCGUCAUCGAAGGCGAAAUUCAUCUGCCGACAGAACCAGGACACGUCUCUGAGCCCCGAGCCCCCCGUCCCUCAGCCAACCCCGAGUCUCAGCGGCUCCUGCCCCAGUGGCUGGAAGAGCAACAGUAACCUGCGCUACUGUUACAAGGUGUUUCAUUUCUCCCAGCUGGAGCAGAAGCUGAGCUGGCUGCAGGCUCACCUGCUCUGCCAGAGACAUGGAGCCGACCUGCUAAGCAUCAGCGGCGCCGAAGAGGAGCAGUUCGUUCUACAGGUCCUCCAUGAGACCUUUGGCGAAUCUGAGGAUCAUGAGCAGCAUUGGUUUUGGAUUGGGCUGAACCGCAGGAACCCCACGGACGGCGACAGUUGGAAGUGGAGUGAUGGACUGGCCUUCACAUACGAGAACUUUGGCCGCUACUAUUACAACAUUCGGCAGUGUGCCGCAGCCGACUUGGGCACGAUGACCUGGCUGGCCAUGCACUGUGACUCUGAGUUAGACUGGAUCUGCAAGAUCCCCAGAGGUAGAGUUGAGAAGGAACCAGAAGUCGCAGAAGGAUCCAGUUCACCAGAGUGGAUUGGCUUCCAAGAGGCUGAGUAUAAAUUUUAUGACCACCGCACCACUUGGGACCAGGCCCAGAGGAUUUGCUCCUGGUUUGAUUCCUCGCUGGCCUCCGUCCACUCAGCCGAGGAAGAGGCUUUCCUGGCCAACACUUUACGGAAGAUGGUGAAAGUGGAGGGUGACAACUGGUGGGUGGGGCUUCACACCUACGAAAACGACGGCCGUUUCCGCUGGACCGACCACUCUGUGCUCAAUUACGUGUCCUGGGCUCUUGGGAGGCCGCAUCCACUCAGCCGAGAUCGCAAAUGUGUCCAAAUGUCCGCCAGCAAAGCGGACUGGGCUGAUCAAAAAUGCCAUUCUGACCUGCCUUACAUCUGUAAGAGAGUGAAUGUCACAGGGACCAUUCCUCCAACUCCAUCAUCCCCCCACCCACCCUCAGGCUGUCCUGAUGGAUGGGCUUCCUAUCAGCAUAAGUGCUUCAGGGUGUUUGAUCAGUCAUACCGGGUCACAUGGUCUGCAUCCAAGUUGAAAUGCGAGACACAGGGAGGUGUACUGGCAGUGGUGUCCAGUCAUUUGGAGCAAGCCUUUGUCACCACCCUGCUGAACAACGCCAGUAUUGCCCUUUGGGUGGGUUUGACCUCAGACUCCAGAGGUCAUUUCCAGUGGGCCAAGGCUGGCCUGCUCAGCUACACCAACUGGGCCCCUGGGGAGCCACUCGACAACAGCGGACCACACCACAACAAGACCCGGGGAAACUGUGUGGUGAUGAUUCAUGGGAACCCACGGAAGAACACCGGCAUGUGGGCUUCCCGAGCCUGUGAGAUGGAAAGUAACGGCUUCAUUUGCCAAAGGCAUCAAGACCAAGGUCUCCCUCCAGCACCCGCCCUGAUUCCUGCCUCCCUAUCAAAGCCUUUUGAGCUCGGUGGGGUGACGUACCGGGUGGUAGAGAAGCAACUGGACUGGGCCGGCGCUCUGCACCUGUGCGAAUCUCUGAAUGGGACCCUGGCCGCCGUGAGAGAUCCCUAUCAGCAGGCUUACCUCACACUGAUGAUCAACAGCCUGCGCCGGCCAGCCUGGAUUGCCCUCUACAACUUCGGAGGACGGAGCUUCACCUGGCUGGGUGAGGAAGAAGUGUCAUAUUCAAACUGGAAAGUCGGGGAGCCCAAUCAGAUGGCUGGAUGUGGUCACAUGACCACUACUGGGCAGUGGACUGUGACUCCCUGUGAUGCUAAACUGGAGGCUGCUGUCUGUCAAAUUAGUGAUGAGCCUGUUGUUCACCAGUGGAUCUACCCUGGCAAGUGCCCCCACUCUCUGGGAGAGUGGGCGUGGGUGCCUUUCAGAAACCACUGUUACGCCUUCAACCUGCAAACUCUCAAACUGCAGCAGGAUGCGCGCAUGUCCUGUAAAAAAGUGGGAGCAGAACUUCUCUCUAUCUUGGAUGAGACGGAGAAUGGAUUUGUUUUGGAACACAUCCAGAGCUAUGCGGAACAGGCACACGGAGCUUGGCUGGGCAUCACCGUGAAAGGUAGAGGUCUAGUGUGGAGUGAGGACACAGAGAUGUCAUACACCAACUGGGAAGCACAUGAUCUUGCCUUCUCUGUUCUGUCUCCAAACUCCUGCUUCUGGAUCCAGAGCAACAGUGGCCUGUGGAAACCGGGCUCCUGCAGAAAUCGCACACAUGGAGUCAUCUGCAAGCGGCCACGCAGUGCUGAAACCUCACCUGUAGCAUUGGACGGCGACCAUCUGCCCACUCUGAUCGUUGUCAUAGUGACGGGCCUGGUGCUGGUGGUGCUGAUCGUCGGUGUGAUCUACCUGUACCGUCGGCGAACUGUUGGCCUGCGGGGUUCCUACGAAGGCGCCCGCUACAGCCGCACCAACUCCAGCCUUGCCGAGCAGGCCGAGAAGAACAUCCUGGUGUCCGACAUGGAGCUGAACGAGCAGCCAGAGUAGCGGAACUGCACCUGGAUCGACUAACUGACCAACCCACGACUGGACCCGACCCGACACAGGAGAGGCUGAUUUCAGUGUGCUGACUCAGAAACACGUUGUGGCAUUUAUGUUUUUUGUUUUCUCCUUUGAAACCAAAAAAGAUUUUUAAAGCGCUGAAGGGCUGUGUAGAGCGCAGCAGCUUUUUAGUUUUUAAAUUGAAUCCCCCACGUCUUCAAUCCUUUUUGCCAAGACUUCAACAAACAGUUCCAGCAGUUUCUCUCCAGACAAAUCAGAUCAUUCCACAUGUACAGUCUUUCCCCAAAAGCAUGAAUGAAGGCCAAAAAUUGGUCUACUGAGAGUUUAGUUUUAUCACAGCUGGAAAGGUUCAACAUAAAAUUAGUUUUAUGAAAUGACUCCUCAUUGUCUUCCCGGGUGCCAAAGUAAAUUUUUGCUUGGCAUAUAUUACCUUUCUUGUUCCCAUUUUGAUUGAAAGACUUGUAAAGCAAAAAAAAAAGGACUAUCACAGCCAGGAUUCGACCCUUAACUAAAACCAUUUGUCUCUGUCCUCGAAAUGCACAGUCAGUCUUCUUCAGGACCAAAUUCGUUUUUCAAUUUUGUAAUUUUCUUUGCCAUGACAGUAUUUACCUGAACAUGAGGUGUGUUUUUUGAUUGUUUUAUUGCGUUCGUGUCCUUCCCAUUGGUUUGUCAUUAUCUGUGCAGCUGCAGAGAACUAUUACUGAUGAUGCAUGUGUGGGUAUUGUGAGCCUGCCUCUCUCCUCCUUUCUGAUCUGACACGUCAGCACCAGCUGUCAGACGACCAGUGGAGGAAGAAGUCCAAAUGUGAAUGUGUGGAAGGUGACAGGGACCGGUGACCUCAAACCGUCUGAGGGCAGUACACUAAAAUUGUGCACAUAACUAGAACUUAGUAUUGAAAGCUGGUCUUUAAAUAGACUACAUUGUCUUUUUGGUACAGCAGGACUUAAGGUUGUCAUCAAACGAUUAGACUUUCAGCUUCUAAGGCUCUUUGUACAUUUUUUGCACUUUCUACUAUUAUCUUGAUCUGAAUCCAUCUAAGUCAUCCGCUUGCCUUUAGUCAUUAUCCUUAAGACAUAGUUGCUGCUCUGUGAUUCUUAACUUUUGUUUGUUUUGGCUCUUCAUGUCACCAUCUGGAGCCGAUUCAGCAUUUUUUAAAGAUAGUAACUUUCUUUGUAUGUGCCAUGAAAAAGGGUUUGCAAUUUGAUAUUUGUCUGAUUCAUCAUUUUUAUCACUACGAUAUUUUUCUCUCAUUUUUGUCUUUUUAGUGAUGCAGGUUUCAUUAUGUGUUUUGACUUAAGUACAACUGGUAAGGACAAUUGGAAACUUUCCUACUUUGAUGGGAUAAUUGCCAACACUUGAACCUCUCAAUGCCCCAACUAAGGAAAACAUCCCUUAUGUGAUGUUUUCAUCCCUCUUAAGAUUUCACAUUGGUGCAUCAUAAUGACCAGAUUUCAUUUGCCUCCUCAAACAGUUUUCUUUUUCCCUCAGCUCUUGCCUCUGAAUACAUUUCUGUCCUGCUCAGAGGAAUGCUUUGGAGCCAUUUCAGUCUGAGGCUUUUGGUGUUUCACUGAGCUGCUGUGAAAAAAAACAGCUUUCUUUGCUCUGUGAGUUGGACUAAGAUAGAGGGGGAAGGUAGGAGGAGACGGAGUAAAUAGGACUGCGUGUGUGUGUGUGUGUGUGUGUGUGGUUGUGUGUGUGUGGUUGUGUGUGUGUGUGUGUGUGAGAGAGAGAGAGAGAGAGAGAGAGAGACUUUGUGUGCAGUCUCCAGCUGUGGAAUGUUGAGUCGGCAAGAAGAGCUAAGUGGCACGUCUGGAACCAAUCAGAGAAGGAGGGCUCAGGGACUUGAAGGGUCAGAGCAAAGAUUGAAAAAAAAGAAAACCAUAUGAAGGAGAAAAGAGAAAAAAGGAGGAGUGUAAGGAGGAGUUGGGGAUGUAAGAAGAGCGGAAAGCCUGGAAGGAAGAGUGCGAAGGCUGCAGUGGUUUGUCCUAGGCUUACCCUGGCCUCUGCUGGUGGUUAACUGUACAGGUCUGCCUCAAUGUGCUGGAGAUGUGAACUAAUUGAGGUGUUGAUGUGAAGGUGUGACGGCCCUUUGUUUGUUCCCCAGUGAGAUCAUGUCUGCGAUGCAGGCUGGCUCAUGUCCCUGUGAAGAUUACCUGAAGCACCUGUUCAACUUUUUUUUUUUUAAGUUUUUUGUGUCAUUUUUAUAUGAAAUGAAUAAAGUUUAUGUUCUCAAA